AUGGCGGAUCAGCUGGACUCGGACUCGACGCCCCAAAGGAAGCGCAUUGCUGUGGCAUGCGGCCGCUGUCGCAAGCGAAAAAUCCGAUGCAGCGGCGACCCGGGCCAAGGGCAGCCAUGCUCAAACUGCAAGAAUGCCGGGGUCGAUCAAUGCCAGUUCCUUCGAGUAUCGUCUCGGGAGGCACCGCUGCGCCACGAUACCGGUGACUUCGGCUACAGCGUGGGGGAUGCUAGAGUGUUUGCCAGUAGGACGCCAGUGGGUGGUGGGAUGCCCUACGCACCAGACGGCGUGCCGAGUCUGGGCUCGAGCGAUGUGUUGGGCCCAUAUCGGGGCGGAUCUUCGUACGCUUACACGCCAGCGAGCAAGGCUUACUACCCGGCCAUGCACGCUUACGGCUCACCCUACCCUGAAGAGUUUGAAUUUGGACUCGGACUGCCCUCUCCGUCGGUGAUGCACCCGGACCCGGUUGGCAUGUUGCCCGGUUCAUGGAGUUCAGGGGCACGAGCAAAGCCACCCCCGUUCAGCAGUAUGUACAUGGACUCGGAAGGCUAUGGCAGCUACGGCACUGCGAGCUUGCUCCACCGUCCUUCGCACCCGGUCAGCUCGGAAUCCCCCGGUUUCUCUUUUGCGGCGUCACUCCCCUUGUCAAGCACACCCGGCGCAGACCGGUUGCUCCCGAACCCGGCAGGGCGCUCCUCCACACUGCCGUACCCGACCGCCGUCAAGCCACCGACGCCAGCGUCCACCUCGGCAACAAGCACACUAGCCGACGUGGCCACAGCAGCCAGUUACGCAGGCGGAUUCGACACGCCCGGCCUCUCUUUCUCUUCGGCAGCCAGCAGCAGCCUGUCCAGCCACCCGUCGUCUUCUUCCCGCUCCAAUUCAGACGCAUACUCGGCGUCCGAGGGCAUCUUCACGGAGCAGGAACGCAGCCUCCAGAGCCAGGGCCCCGCAUUCGACAUGAACGGAUACACAUCCUCACCCCGCCGCGAUUCUGGAGCAGGAGGAGCAGCAGCAGGCAGCCACGUCUACGUGCCUGGCGAGAGAGCGCACGAAGCCGCAGCUGUUGGACACCAUCACUCUUACAUGGGCGACGCACCGCCCUCGAGCCCUGUUGUCCACCGCUCUCAUGGUCCCUCCCUGACGUCGGGAGGCGGCAGCACCAGCCACGCGUCCCACUCCGAUGACAGGCAGGUUGCUGUGGCCAGCCGUCACUGA